CGCUCUCUCCCUGUUCCUGGUCGGCCCUGGUCCCACAUUGGCCUUGAUUUUGUGACUGGUCUUCCCCCCUCUAAGGGCCACACUGUAAUACUCACCGUUGUGGACAGAUUUUCGAAGGCGGUUCACUUCAUUGCGCUUCCUAAGCUCCCCACUGCCACAGAGACUGCCCAGCUGCUUGUGCAGCAUGUCGUUCGCCUCCACGGGAUUCCCGCUGACCUCGUCUCCGACCGUGGUCCCCAGUUCGUUUCCCAAGUGUGGAAGGCCUUCUGCCGAGCGCUGGGGGCCUCUGUCAGCCUGUCAUCAGGGUACCAGCCGCAGACUAAUGGGCAGGCUGAGAGAGCCAAUCAGGACCUCGGAACCGCGCUGCGUUGUGUGGCUGCGCGCAACCCCUCGGCUUGGAGUGACCAUCUCUCUUGGAUCGAGUAUGCCCACAAUUCCAUGUCCUGUGCUGCCACCGGCAUGUCCCCGUUCGAAUGCUCCCUGGGAUACCAGCCACCCUUGUUUCCUGCUCAGGAGGAUUACAUCUCCGUCCCCUCGGUCCAGCACCAUCUCCGCCGUUGUCGCAGGACGUGGAGGGACGCACGCACCGCUCUGCUGCGCUCCGCAGAGCAGAACCGGCGCAUUGCUGAUCGCCACCGGGCUCCCGCUCCUGCCUAUCGGGUGGGUCAACAGGUGUGGUUGUCCUCUAGGGAUCUCCCCUUACAAACUGGCUCCAAGAAGUUAACCCCUCGUUUUGUUGGCCCUUUCCCUAUUAUUUCCGUCAUCAAUCCCUCAGCGGUCACACUCAAGCUGCCUCCAGCCAUGCACGUCCACCCCACCUUCCAUGUCUCUCGUUUAAAGCCAGUCUCCACCAGUCCCCUCUCCCCCCCGGACGUUCCCCCCCCACCUCCCCGUUUGACUGACAACCACCCAGAUUACACCGUCCGGCAGUUGCUGGACAUUCGUCGUCGGGGCAGGGGGUAUCAGUACCUCGUGGAUUGGGAGGGUUAUGGGCCAGAGGAAAGGAGCUGGGUUUCGCGGGGCCUCAUCCUCGACCCCUCCCUCAUCCGGGAUUUUCAUCGGGCUCACCCAGAGAGGCCUAGGCCGCCUGGAGGCGUCCAUUGAGGGGAGGGUACUGUUGUGGUCACAGCAGUCUGCUGUGUUUUUCCUCCUCCUGGGUUUGCCACUCCCCCUGUCGGUCUCACUUCACACCUGGCCGUCAUCUGCAAUCAUGCUCACCUGGUCGUCAUCUCCAAUCAACUCCCCUUCAUAAACCCUUGGAUUCCCUGCUGUCGGUGCCAGAUCGUACUUCGCUCUACAGUGUUAUCCGGAUCACGCACUCCAGCUCGCCUGCCUCACCCUCCCCCCGGCUUCCGCGUCCUCUACCUGCUCCUCCACCUCACUCAAUAAACCCCCUUGCAUCAAUUCAACAA